AUGAACAUCAAAGAGGACUUUCAGAACCACCAAAUCACAGUUGCUUUGCGAAUCCGUCCAUUUAACCAGGUGGAAACGGAGAGAGGUGUUCAGUGUAUUACAUAUAAACUUGGUGAACAAAUACUCCUGCUGAAGGAUCCAUCAGGAGGCUCUGAGGACUUCCUGCGUGCAAAGCGCUCUAGAGACAGGACGUUUGUAUUUGAUGCUGUUUUUGAUCAGGAUGCUACCCAGGAGCACGUCUAUGAAUCAACUACCAAAAACCUGGUUGAUGGCAUCAUUAGAGGAUAUAAUGCUACAGUGUUUGCUUAUGGCCCAACAGGUACAGGUAAGACAUAUACAAUGCUGGGGAUGGACUGUGAAUCAGGAAUAUACAUUCAAACUCUUAAUGACCUUUUCAAAGCCAUUAAGGACAAUGGAAAAAGUAUGGAAUGUUCUGUAUCCCUGUCAUACCUGGAGAUUUACAAUGAGACAAUCCGUGACCUUUUAAGCCCUUCUGGAGUUUUGGAUCUGAGAGAUGACUCUAAAGGCAACAUACAGAUUCCCGGGAUUACUGAAUUUUUUCCAUCUAACGUUGAGGAGGCCAUGGCCUUGGUGCAAAGAGGAAACAAACACCGAACACAGGAACCAACUGCAGCCAAUAAGACAUCUUCCAGGUCCCAUGCAAUACUCCAAGUCCUUGUGAAAAAAAACAGCAAGUUGAAAAAUCAGGAUGAAGCACGAUUGGGCAAGCUAUUGCUGAUAGACCUGGCAGGGUCAGAACGGGCAUCACAGACUCAAAACCUUGGAAAGAGGAUGAAAGAAGGCGCUCACAUAAACCGCUCUCUUCUAGCCCUUGGAAAUUGCAUCACUGCGUUAAGUGAGCGAGGGAGCCAUGCUCAUGUGAAUUACAGAGACAGUAAACUGACACGACUGUUAAAAGAUGCUCUGAGUGGGAACAGCAGAACAGUAAUGAUAGCACAUGUGAGUCCCUCCAUUGCUGCUUAUGACGAAACUCGCACCACUCUGAUUUAUGCAAGCAGAACAAAAAACAUCAAGACCAGGGUGCGGCAGAAUUAUGAAAAUGUGGCCCACCGUGUUAACAAAUAUGGAAGAGUUCUCUGCAAUCUUCACAAUGAACUAGAGCAACUACAUCGAAGAAUCAAAGAGCAUGGCAAGGAGAUAAGAAGAAUGAAGCAAACGGAACUAAAAAUCAGAAGUGCACAAGAGGAUUCACAUCAGGCGGACAACUCACACAAACAACAAAAGCGAAAUAAUUUGGUGAAACAAUUUAAGGGUGUACUUGAGGAACAUAUGAAGGUGAGAUGCUGCCUUUUACAGCUGGAUAAUUCUCAUCUAGAACAACACAUUGACACUGUACGCCAUCUUGCUACCAUAGCUGACUGGGAGCAGGACAAGCCUCGGUGCUCAACCCAGCAGAGGUCAAGUAAGACUGUUGAGCAUACAGUGAUUGAUGUGGGAGAUGAGGAGGAAGAUGGAGAUACAGAUAUGACUGAACCUCAUGAAGUUAUGAUGGCCAGAGAAGAAAUUAACAUACUUCUUGCUGAACAACAGAAAACAUUUGCGAGGAUGACAGCACUUAAAGAACAAUGGGUCAAUUCCAAACUGAAGGCAUCUCAGCUGGAGCAGCAGAUUCCUGACCAGUUCGGCAGCGAUCAGGGAGAGCUGUUGAGGUUACUCCACAAAAUACAUGAGUUGCAGAUCUUCAACAGUGAGCUACUAGCCAGGCCCAUGUGUAAGGAGAGACUGCUCUACCAGAAGGACUUUGUGAUCCUGAGCUACCCACAUUACAGAUUCCUGUGUGAAAAAAACAUCCAGCUGCAGCGGACAUUAAUAGAUGAGAAGGUCCAUAACCCGGAGCUUCUUCACCUACAUGAAGUGGAUCUUGUGAAAAUAAAGCAGCUGGAGCAGCAAAAGUCUCUGCUUUCAAGUAGAUUUAAGACCGACUUGGGGUCCAGUCAUUUCAAUUUUUUCCUCCAUGGCAAGAUGGUGGAAAGUCACAGCAGCGUUCCUUACCGCUCUGAUCAGGAAGGGAUCCAUGCACUGAUUUCCUCCUGA